AAGAGAGGAGUGUACUCCAUUGGUGAUGCCAGUGGCACCAUAUACGUCUUUGUCUCCUCUGAUGUGGUAUAGAAUGGCCUGUUCAACAGUGCUGCCUUCAAGACAGGAACAAACUAUCGCAUCCCUGUGUCAGCCCUGCUCAAAAACACCUCCAGCUUAUUUCUCUGCUUUAGAGUCCCCAGCCAUAAUGACUGGAUCCACCAGAUCCAAUACAUCCCAGAGUUGAAUGCCAUCGCCACCUGCUGUGCGGCAGACCAAACUGCCAUGAUCCUGACCACGGUGCCCCACUCACGCAAGUGUAAAAUUCAAACUGCACUCUUUCACCUGCAGAAGGGAAUUCUGUGUUUUGACUACUCACCUGAGCUCAACAUUCUGGUGACCGGAUGCUACGAUCGGGUCGUGAGGGUCUGGAACCCGUAUGUGACCAAUCAGGCCACAUCACAGAUGAAAUGUCACAACACCGUCAUCACUCACAUCGCUGUCAACGGCAGAGAUAACAAGAUCAUCAGUGUGUCCAAGGACAAGAAUGUGCGUGUGUGGGACCUGCAGGACUGUGUCUGCCUCCAGAACAUCCAAUCCAAGAAUGUCAACAUGGGCCGCUUCCCCAUCACCGGCACCUACUAUAACCACACCAGUAACACGAUGGUGAUGGCUACGUACCUAAUUGGAGUUCUUCGAGGGUCUAUGGAGGAUGUAGACAGCUCUGUACCCACAGCUACAACAUCACAUGAACAAGCACCCUGUGCUGCUCUCUACAACUCCAACUUCAAACAGGUGGUAAGUGGGUGUCAUGCGGGCGUGGUCAGUGUGUGGGACAUCCUGACGGGGGAGAAGGUCAUGCAGUUCCAGACAACCCCUGAGCGACCUGUUGAGGUCACUGCCAUGGCAUUCGACAGGCCCAAACGCCGCCUCAUCACCGGGUCUAAAGACGGCACCCUGCGCCUCUGGAACUUCAACAACGGGGCUCUUAUCUCUGAACUGCCCCUGGUGGACAGCAAUGAGGUUACAGGGAUUCUGUACAUCAAUGAGAGGAUCUAUGUAUCAGGCUGGAGCAAACGGGUCAUGUGGUAUCUGGACGAUAAGGAGGAGGGUAAGAUGGAGCACCGUGUGUGGAACCAGUACCACUCAGACGACAUCUAUUCCAUGCACACCCACGGCAGCAAGAUGCUGGUGACCGCCUCCUACAGCGGUGACAUCAUCGUCUGGAACAUAGAUUCAGGACAAGCCUUCUGCCGUUUUAACGCUAGCGAAAGCCCACUGCCCCUCAUACCCAUACGGGUGAUGGAGAAACCAGGCCAGGUGGUGAGUGUUAUGUGUCCAGACUGUUUGGUGAAGGAGGAUGAGGAGAAGGAAGAGGAGGAUGAAGACGAUGUGUGGCUCCGCUCUAUGGUGGAAUUUCUUGAAACCAUGAGCCAGACUCUCAACCCUCAGGCUCGUCGUCCCAGCUGUGCCAACCCUGCCCCCAACAACGUCGUACAGCAAAUAAAUCAAGCCCGGUGUUUCAGUAUUCCAGAUCCCCCUCCUAAUCCUGUGAUUCAGGGGCCUCGCACCAACAUGCGGCAUGGCCGGAGGGGUAGCAUCUCGGCUCCAGUCUCUGCUUCACUGCCUCAGUCGGUCACAGUCUCCGUGGCCAGGCGGCCGACACUGCUGUCCAGACGCAAGACCAAGAGAACCAAGACCAUCGACCUAGACGAGCUGGAGAAACCUCGGGUUGCGGUGGAGAAGGUGUUGUUUCUGGACACCCGUGAGCGUAGCCCUGACACGGCCAUCCUCCUGACCAGCUCUGCAGACGGCUACGUCUACGCCUGGUCUAUCAGCCAUAACGGAGGGCUGCUGGGGAAAUUCUGUGCUGUGCAUAGCAAGGGGCCAAUCAUCUGUGCCAUGUCCACUGACAGCCAGGACCAGAUACUGCACACUGGAGACAGCAACGGAUACAUCACGCUGUGGGACAUUGAGAAGUAUUGCUACCGUAUGAGGGGUGGGGUGGCUGAGGAGGAAUCAUCCAAUGAAGACUCUCUGAGGUUGCCUCAACUCAUACCUCCCUACUGCAAAGUGGAGGGGCCACGGAGACUGGUGGGGGAGCAGGACAAAGAGAUUUUGCGGGGAUGGAUUGUGUCCCUGACCCCCCCUAGUCUCCUGAGUUCCUGGCGCUGCCACCUGAAAGGGAUCGUUCAUCUUGAGUAUGUGGAGCGUUUCCGCCUCAUCGUCACAGCCAGCCUGGACUGUAACGUGCGUCUGUGGACCAUCGCAGGCAGAUACAUCGGUACGUUUGGGCAGGGCCUGUGGCAGGUGGGCGACCCCAACGCCCUCCACACGGAACUCCCAGUGGACCUGAAGAGGAUGGGCUCCUGUCAGACACUUAAAGUCCUUAAUGAGGGGAAGCACCCGCACUGGAGCUGUGCCAAACGCAUCCUGGAGGGCCUGACUGCACAGAAGAGGCAGCAGUCGACAAUGUUUGGUGAGGCUACAAUGCAGCUGAGGGAACUGGUUCCUACCGACCCACGGAUCGUCAAGUACACCGAUGAGCAGAUUGAGAACACAUGGAGACUGUGGCAGGAGAAGGGAAAGCAGACCAGCAGCAUUUUAGGACGAGCAUACAAACAAAAAGUGAGACAUCACCUUCCGUCCUGUGCCCCUGACCUCCAGACAACCUUCAGCAGUCAAGAGCAGUUGAGGGUGUACAAGGCCAUGCCCUACAGCAUUCUGCGGCCCGUCACCCUGCCCCCCAUCCCAGAGCUUCUGAAGGACCAUCAGCACAGGUCAAAUGAGGGCACAGACACUACCACCAAGCAGAAGAGGAACACUAAGCGCUGGCCCCGCUCACACACACACUGCAUGGCUGCUCCUCCACGACCAGCAACUCCCAGGUGCUAAUAUGACCCUCGCUGAAUACACUAUACUCAGAAAUUAAAGGAGUCUGGCAUGCACUAUUUCAUGUGUUUGGUGUAGUUGUUUUAGACAGAUCAGGUCGAGACAGUUCUACAGGACAUGUGCAAUGACAAUUAUGCUUUUUAUCAUAUGUGAUCAAAUGGAGAAGAGCACAUAGAUUUUUCAAAAAAUAGAAAUCUUCUCCAAAUGUGGACAGUUUAUUUGAGGGAAAAAGUCAUAUGUACAAGUCAUGUGUGUGUGUAAGAGUUGUCCCAGGCUUUAGGUCUCCUCUCCAUCUGAGAGAGAGUUGGAGUUUGGUUAUUAGGUUUUAUGUCCGGCUUUGACAGGCCUGGGACCUUCUCUCUAGCUUGGACCAGCCGGAUCACUUCCUCGAAUAUUCUUCAAACCACUCUGGAAAUUAUAAUCCCCCUCUUGCUGUCAUAUGAAUCGAACCGACUGUACAGACUCCAUUCCACGCGUAGAAUGUUAUUGCCUUUCAUGAAACUGAGACGUAUUGAAAUCUGCAAAUAUAUACUUUCAUCUACUAGGACAAUGUAUCUGAGUCUACGUUUUUCUUGUGAAAGUGAAAACAAAGAAGAGUGCGAGGGUAGAACCAACAGGACAAAUAUAAUGAGCGCUCCCCCAUUAGAGAAUUUAAGUAUUUUUGUUGAUUUGCUAUCUUCUAUUGUUUUGCCGGUACUGUCAUGGGUUCCACUACUCAUGGAAGAUAACAUUUAAUUUGAGCUUUUGAGAAAGGGGAAAAGUUCAUGGUAAGCAGAAAUGUGACACUAUGGGUGUGGUUUAGUGACCCUGCCCCUGAACAAAGCCAGCUGCCAGCCACACCUUGGAGUGGCACCGAAAGGCCUUGGGUAACUGCAGGGGGGUGGCGCAUGAUCUCUCUAUGAUGACACUCUUGUUUACUGCACUAUACAAUUGGAUAAGCAAGGCCCUUGGCAGAUCUGGGAAAACCAUUGUUGGCUUCAGGAGGGGGGGAAGUCAGAGAGGGAGGUAGAGAGUUCAGGAUGUACAGGAAGGCUUCCCUGACAGCACAGUGACAGGACAUCUGAUCUCAUUAACUGCUUAGUGUGGUUUCCCCUUCAUUUGUGUGCAUGUGACACAUAAUGACCAGCUGGCCAUAUACCCUAUCCUGUUCUAAGCCCCACUUGUCUGUGGCUGAGGUAGGUCUCAAGGUGAGCUAUCAACUUUGCUCUUAUGACCUGCUCAGGCCACUGAUCAGAUGCAGGGCUAGCAUGUCAUGACUUUGUUACACUGGUCAGAUGAGCUCACCUAACCCACAGGGCGACAGUACAUUAUGUACACUACGAGUAUGGACAACAUUAAUUACAGCAUUGCAUAGUAUAGUUUAUUCAUUCUGACAGUAAUCAUACAAAAUAUUAUUUAGUUCUAUAAGCUAAUACAAAAUCAAUGAGUACUGACAAUUUUAAUUGCCUUGGU